UAUGCAAAUAUGGGAAGCGCUCUUCACGAGACUUGGAACGGGAAAACUAUUCUAGUUGUUGGAUUGUGAAAUGACUUUUGUUUUGGACCUUGCAGAGUUAAAGGAACGCAGGUUAACUGGAGAGCAGGGGUUAGCUAUACUUUUCAGCAUUGCGUGCUAACAAUUGGGUGGUCAUGAAAUCGACUAGACUAUGCUGUCUUUUCCUGCCAUUCGUGAUUCAGUACACAUCGAUUGUGUCAUCUAAAUCGAUUUCUGAUUGGACAAAAGUUGUUUUGACUCACCACUGGCCAGUGACAGCAUGCAUGCUAUUGGGCUCUUCCUGCAAAUCUCCGCCGAAGAUGAAUUAUUGGACUUUGCAUGGGCUAUGGCCCAAUAAUGGAGACUCGUGCAAUAAUUCCUGGCCGUUUAAUGUGACUGAGAUACAGAGUCUUUUGCCUGAUAUGCAUACAUUCUGGCCGGAUGUUGCCCAUCCCAAUGGCACAAAGUUUUGGAAACAUGAAUGGGUGAAGCAUGGAACCUGCGCUGUAGUAGAUGAAUCUGUGAAUUCGGAGUUCAAGUACUUCAGUAAAGCACUGGAACUGUACAAAAAGCUGGAUCUGACAAGUGUGCUUAUGAAGUAUAAUAUAAAACCGUCUCCAUCAUAUUAUCGGAUGAGUGACAUUAGAAAUGCAAUCACAAGUACUUUUGGAGUACAUGCAAAGAUCCAGUGUAUUCCUCCUAGUGAGGAACAAUCUGCUCAAAUACUUGGCCAGAUUGAAAUCUGCUUCAAUCAAGAAUACGGCCUCACUGACUGUGUGCAUGAAAAAUCAACAGAGGGUAGUAGUCCCUAUUUUAACAAACUGCAGUUUUUUGGAAUUUACCAGGAACUGAACACUGGAUUGAUGGUGUGUGACGAGCAGCUUGAUACCUACUACCCCCCCUUAAAUGAGCUUCACAAAUGAUAAACCUGUCAAGAAAUUGACUACUUUCUGGAUUUUAUAGAGCAAAACAAGUUUUAACUAAAUCUGCGUAACAUUUUCUGUGGUAUCGUUAAUCUAUGUCAGCAUUUUCAGGAAAUAAAAUAAGAUGAUGAA